AUGGAUACGAAAGAUUUCGAAUUUCGACCCACUAAGGAAGGUGUACGGUCGAAAAGUCCUGGCGUUAUCGGACGUCUAAGCAAUUUUGCCAGAAGUAAAGCCCGACACUCACUGAAUGAGAAGACGUCCAAUUCGGCAACGUUCAAUGAAAAAUCGAAAAAGGAUCUCCAUCGCGAAUUCCAGAGAUGUCGCGACAACAACGAUCUUCGGCUUGAUCUCAGUUCAAACGAAAUUACAUCCAUACCGUCUUCUAUCAGAGACCUGACACAAUUGACGGAGUUGUUUUUGUACAAGAACAAACUUACCCAAUUACCGCACGAGCUAGGCAACCUGGUGUCCCUUCGAAAGUUGGGCUUGAGUGAGAAUGCUCUUUGUUCAUUACCGGACUCACUUGCCUCUCUAACGCAACUUGAAACGUUAGAUCUUCGCCACAAUAAACUCACCGAAAUUCCUUCUGUUAUUUAUCUCAUUACCUCGUUGGAAACUCUUUGGUUACGAUAUAACAGGAUCGUAUCCGUUGGCGAGGAUAUUGGAAACUUAUCGAGGCUCAAAAUGAUUGAUCUUCGGGAAAAUAAAAUUCAUAGUUUACCGGCUUCGGUCGGGAAAAUGCGAUCAUUAGUUGUAUGCCUGCUGAGCUACAAUCACCUCUCAAAGGUUCCUGAUGAAGUUGGACAAUGUCUGAGCUUGACUCAACUCGAUUUACAACACAAUGACCUUGCAGAAUUACCGGAGACCAUGGGAAAAUUGCAAAAUCUUGUUCGUCUAGGCAUAAGGUACAACAAACUUCGCGAAUUACCCUCUUCUAUUGAGAACUGUACUCAGUUAGAAGAGUUCAUUGUUGAAGGGAAUCAUCUUCAACAACUUCCUGAUGGUAUGCUUACUUGCCUUCCGAAGUUAAGAACUAUAAAUCUGUCGCGGAACGAACUAUCUUGUUUUCCACAAGGAGGACCGCAACAAUUUGUAUCCGCAGUUACUAUCAACAUGGAACACAAUCGGAUAAACAAAAUCCCAAUUGGUAUUUUCUCGCGAGCUGUUGGUCUUACAAAAUUGAACUUGAAAGAGAACGAGCUGUUGUCAUUACCAUUAGAUAUGGGAAGUUGGACAUCGAUAACAGAGCUAAACCUCUCGACAAACCAGCUGAAAGUUCUUCCAGAGGACAUCGAGAAAUUGGUAAACUUGGAGAUUCUUGUUUUGUCUAACAAUCAGCUUAAGAAGUUACCUCCUCAAAUAGGAAACCUUAAAAAACUGCGUGAGCUUGACUUGGAGGAAAAUGACUUGGAAACUAUUCCAAGUGAAAUAGGAUUUCUACUACAGUUAACGAAAUUGUGGGUACAAUCAAAUAAACUCGUAAGUUUACCUCGUACUAUUGGAAACCUCGCCAGUCUCCAAGAUUUACGAGUUGGCGAAAAUUCACUGUCAUCCAUUCCUGAAGAAAUUGGUCAUUUGGAUUGUCUGAAGUCUUUGUAUCUCAAUGACAACUCAUCACUACAUAAUUUACCUUUUGAGCUCGCCCUGUGUUCUUCUUUGGAAAUAAUGUCUAUCGAAAAUUGUCCGCUUAGUCAAAUCCCUCCCGAAAUAACUGCUGGAGGACCUAGUCUUGUAAUUCAGGUAAGUCGUGUAAAUAUCCGUAGAUAG